ACACCGGCAGUGCUGCGGUGUUCAUAGUGGACCGGUCGUAAAAGCGAAGCGCGAUGCAAAUCGGCCGGUGUCUCGUGUUUCGGUGCAUGCAUGGCACCACAGCGUGUGUGAACGCGCAAACGGUAUCUGCACUAGUGUGAAUCAUUAUCAUUAUUAUUUACGUUACUAGGUCGUUUGUUACCGUCGUUAUUCAAGUGUGAAUCAUUACCAUUAUUAUGUAUCUCACAUUUAAUCUUUUGGUGGAUAAAAGCACAGGGGAGGGCGCACCCCCAGUUUGCGCAGGGAAAAAAAAUCCAUGGAGCAGAUAAGCAUCACAUUCACAUGCACGCGAUCACUUGGUCUCCACGCACGUCUGACGAACAAGCAAGUACAUACCGUAGUAUAUUACAGGGAUGCCGGUCCAGCUAAUCCACUCAGCAAAAGGUGAGAUCUACUACUAAUCCUAGCCCUUCCUGGGGACACACGGUCAAUGUGCAUGGCCGUCUGGCCGGGAGGUCAGCCUCUCUUUCACCCUGGGAAUCGCAGAGGAUUGCAGCUCCUGGAUCAUAUCAGAAUGUCUGUCGCUCGCCACCCCGGGCGCACUGCAUUAUAUUUCUGGCAGGUGCGCAAUACAAUAUGGCAUGGGGGGCACGUAGUACGGUACUGCCGUACAGCUGCGUCAGCAAAUGCCAACUUGUGUGGUACAGCUAUAAUCUAUAGAAAAAAGAAUAUUAUAGAAGUAGUAGAAGUUGGCGCGUAUGGAUUAAGGAAGGUUUGGUUUCUAGUGACUAAUUUAGUCUCUCUAUUUUAUUCAAUUUUGUUCCUAAAUUAUCAAACUAAAAUGAAGUUUUGUUUUUUUUAUAUAGGAUAAUUUAGAGACUAAAAUAGAAUAAAAAUGAAUGGAUGAAAAAUUAGUUCCUACCAACCAAACACCCCUUAAGAGCUACUUCGAGAACCUCAAAUCUCCUUCGAGACUGGAGGAGAUGAAGGUAAAAAUAAACUAAUUUUCCCUUCAAUCCUUUUAAUUCACAAGGGGGUGCGGGUACGGAAAUGUUUACUACUAUACUGGAAAGGUGUCUGAAACCGGGAGAAAAGCUUUGACCAGGGUGGACCUGUUUAUGGGAUCGAAGCGGCCGUUGCCCCAACUGGCGACUGGCGAGCCACCAUUGCGCGGACCCGAGAUUAACUAUACUACAGGAGUACUGUCGGGUUGGUACCAAUACGUGGCUUGGGCAAAAAGUCUGGCAGGCGCCGCUGCUUGUCUGCGGUUUCUAUGUGCCGAUGCCAUCGCACCGGACCGGAUCGGGAUGGGAUCAGCGGAACAUGCGAGAGCGAGCCUGCACUGCACUGCAUGGCCGCGACCGCGUCGUCCAUCGAGCCGCCUAUCAUUAGUUGGUUCCACUGUCUCGCCGCCGAAGCAAGGCAGCACAGCACACAUCAGCAUUGCUUCCCAGUUCCCAAUGCCCCGUCGUCCUAGCCGAGGCGGGCUCAGUACCAACCCAGCUGAAACUACGAGAGAUGCGCUGUGGGCAGGACAGUGGUCGAGCGAGGAGUGUACCUGUAGUUAACGAGGAUUUUAUUUUACUAGUGCGUACGUACGUACUGUACGUACUAUGAUCUCUCACGUGCUCUGGUCUUAUCACUCGCUUGAUUAUACUAUGAUCUUUUUUUCCCUCCACCUGCUCUGGUCUUAUCGCUGGCACGUGCUUUUACACGGCCACUUAGGACUACUCACCUCGUCUCGUCAUGCUUAUCUACUUCAGAGCGUCACGGACACAGCAAGGAGGAGUACGCACACGCAGCAUGGACUGCCUGGAGCGGGGUGUGGUGCACUAACGCCCGCCUAAUUCCCGGAGCUGCCUGUGCCUUGGACGCCCAUCUCUGGUUUCGCGGGGAGAAUAAUAAUAAUUUAGGCGAAACACGGGAACGGGUCGUGAGGAAAAGCCUGACAUGCUGCAUUACGGCCGGUGCCGUUCGGACCCCAGUUAUUGAUGAGCCGAGUCACCGACCUGCCAAGAAAAGGAUGCCGGAUCAAGGGCAGGUUCACCUCAUCUUAGCGCAUGCAAGCGUCGUCCCUAACCAAAACAUCAUCUUCAUGUCUGGCCGCCCGCGCAGCGGUCCCAGUGCCGGCGUGGUUAACGGGAGGGACUGGGACUGGCAGGGCCGGCUAAUGGCCGACGUGCAGUCGCCUCGUAUGCGUUUCCCGUUGAGCCAUGCAUGCAGCAGAGCAGCGCGGGCGGCCGGUCCUGCCACCGGUGGAUCGCGGCCGGGCACGUCACGGCCCGGUCCCCGACUGCUCUGGCUCCAUCGCCGCCACCAUGCACCCAAAGCGAUCCACCCCCGAUGCAUCCCUUUUCUCUCCCUGUCAGCUGGGCCCAUCUCGCGUCACCGUAGCCAGGUGCCGCCCCGUCGCCCCGCCCCCCGAUCUAUAUAUGCUGCCCACGGGCUCUCCCACUUCUCCCCCACAUGCACUUGCUGCAGCAGCCGUAGGACACACGCACACCGCCUCGACCUCGAGUCCACCACUGACUCCACCACCUCCCCCUGUUUUUUUUCGACCUCGCUCUGCUCAUCCGCACGGCCAGACAGCCAUGGUGGUGGUGCUCGCCAACCCGCCUGUCGUGGACCAGAUCCCGCUCCUGCGGUCCCCGGGCCCCAGGGACAGCUUCUCGUGCGUGCCGGUCGUCGACCUGUCCGGCCCCGGCGCGGCGCGCGCGAUCGUCGACGCCUGCGAGCGCUUCGGCUUCUUCAAGGUCGUCAACCACGGCGUGCCCGCGGCCACCAUGGACGUGGCCGAGUCCGAGGCCGUCGGCUUCUUCGCGCAGGCGCAGGCCGACAAGGACCGCGCGGGCCCCCGCGCGUCGUACCCGUUCGGCUACGGCAGCAAGCGGAUCGGCCUCAAUGGCGACAUGGGGUGGCUCGAGUACCUCCUCCUCGCCGUCGACUCCGCGUCGCUCUCCGACGCCUGCCCCGUCCCAUCCGGCGCCGCGUUCCGGAGCGCGCUGAACGAGUACGUCGCGGCCGUGCGGGACGUCGCGGCGCGCGUGCUGGAGGCGAUGGCGGAGGGCCUGGGCAUCGCGGACGCGGCCGCGCUCAGCUCGAUGGUGACCGGCGCCGGCAGCGACCAGGUGUUCCGCGUCAACCACUACCCGCCCUGCCCCGCGCUGCAGGGCCUGGGCUGCACCGCCACCGCCACGGGCUUCGGCGAGCACACCGACCCGCAGAUCAUCUCCGUGCUCCGCUCCAACGGCACGUCCGGCCUGCAGGUCGCGCUCCGCGACGCCGCGCAGGCGCAGCAGUGGGUGUCCGUGCCCUCCGACCGCGACGCCUUCUUCGUUAACGUCGGCGACUCGUUGCAGGUGCUGACCAACGGGAGGUUCGAGAGCGUGAAGCACCGGGUGGUGACCAACAGCCUCAAGUCCAGGGUUUCCUUCAUCUACUUCGCGGGACCGGCGCUGGAGCAGCGGAUCGCGCCGCUGGCGCAGCUGCUGGCGGAGGGCGAGGAGAGCCUGUACAGGGAGUUCACGUGGGGCGAGUACAAGACGGCCGCGUACAAGACGAGGCUCGGCGACAACAGGCUGGCCCAGUUUCAGAGGUGUAGCAUCUAAGCUAGCUGCUUAGCUAGCACUCUAGCAGGGCGGCCCCCGGCCGGUCAAGCACACACCAGCUUUACAGGACGACAACAGCAACAACCAUGACGAACGAGGACGAGCGAGUCUGCUUGCGAGAAAUGAUGGCGAAGAAGAAGAAGAAGAACAAGGUAGAGACGAGACGAUGAUGAUGUGUACAGCUGGGGAGCGACCACUCUAGUAGCUAGAUUUUUUUUUGUGGUGGUGGUGGGUAGCUGGGUGCAGGGAGCAGGGUUUCCGCAAGUUGCUAAUAUGGCCUGUUUUGGUGCAUGCGGUGGGGUUACUUGCCUAUUUCGGUAAUGCUGGAGCUGGACGGGCAAUGAGCCGCGCGCCACUAGUUAGCGUUAACCGAAGUGGGAGGAGUACUUAGCUUAGCAGCGAAGGGCCGAUCGAUCCUCUCUGGCUCCUCCCCAGCAGCUUCCCAAGUUAGCUUGCUUCUGCUUCGCCUUCCUAGUUUUUUUUUGGUGUGUGUGUGUGUGUUUUUAAGCACCAAGUCGCGUGUAUGUAUUAUCGUCGUGUACAUGGAGGUUUGUGUGUGCGCUAAUGUAGACCUCCUGUUUACCUUUUACUCGACCUGCCAAUGUUCCA